AUGAAGUCAGCCAUAUUUCUGGAACUGGAACGACCCAGCAAGCCACGAGGGUUUCGCCGGACGCUAUCCCAGAAAAAGGCCAAGUCUCUGCUGCCGUUUUCUCCAGCUGCAGCGACCCCGAACUCGCCUGCUCCCACUACGCCAGUGCUGGCUCCUAAACUGUCGGCGUGGAACGUUGACGAUAUGAUAUCGCUGUAUCUUCUUUCGCCUACGUUGCCUCCACAAUUUGCCAAACCUGACUUUCCAGACUUGUACGACAACGACGAACAUGACCCUUACGAACACGAUGAAGACACUACAAGGCUGCCACAUGCAUCUGAUAUAGACAAUUUGCCUAUUUCGCUUCUACUGCCCACGCUACCGACGAUGUUUGAGCCUAAACUGGAACAUGGCGGCUCGGAAACGCUGUCGAAGUCGCCACGGAAAUCUCCACUGAAGGCUCGGGUGCGGUGGGUUAACAAGCUUAAUGACCUGAAGAAGCCCAGGUUCCUUGUCAGGAUGACUGUUUCGCUGCUGAGUCUUCGGAAUGUUACGCCUAAAACGGCGCUUAAGGGCUUGGGAAUCACGGAAGCCGCUGCUUCUGACUCCAAACCAACCAGCCCAGCUGGUUCACCUAAGAAUGAAGCAGCUUUGUACUGGCAGAAGCUUGCUAAGAGCGCAAUGUCCCAUGCGGAUCGUGUUAGGUCGAAAGACCCGCUCUUUUCGGUGGUGAUCCAGUUCGAUUGGAUCCUUUGCUUGGUGAUCGCCAACGACUACGAAGAGAAGGCAUCCAAUCCCAGCAGCACACAUAUCGGAAAGAUAUGGACAACUUUUCUCGACGACAUACCCCAUUCGUUUCUCGCAUAG